UUCAGAUAUAUUCGUCGGGGUUAAAAUAUCUUGGGUAUAAAUAAGUAUAAAUAAAAAUAAAAAAUUUAGAUAGGCUAGCGGGUUCUAGCUAGUUUUCUUAUAGCUUGGUUCAUCUAAUCGUCUACAGUAAUUUAAAUGGUUAAGAGUUAUAUACAGACUUUUUUCCUCGGAACACAUUUCAAUUUUUCUAUUAUACUAUAUUUUUUAAUUUCCAUUCUCUUAUGCAUCACACUCAACAUUCACUUUUUUUUUAAUUGUUUUCUUGCACUCAAUUUUUUACAUUUGUUUUAUAUAUACAAAAGUUCGAGCAUUAAACGGAAAAUGAGAUAUAUAUAUAUAAUAUAUAUAUAUAUCACUUUUUAAACAUCAAUUCUUUUUUUACUGUAAAUUUUUGUAAGAAAUAGAAUAAAAUUAUUAAAUUUU